ACUCUCAACUACCAACACGGCUCCCCCACAUCUCUCGCCGUCAUGUCAGAGAAGAUGUACUACUGGGGUCAGGAGAAAGACGUCGACCCCGAACAGACUUUUAUUGAGUUCUCCGCCAAACAGGGCCCUUCAGACGGAGUCACCCCCCAAGUGAUACCUCCUCAGCCAGAAGAAGAGGAAAGGGGAGGAUGGGGCAACAAACUGGACUUUCUGUUCUCCUGCAUCAGUGUGAGCGUAGGACUAGGCAACGUGUGGAGGUUCCCCUACCUCUGCUACAAAAACGGAGGAGGAGCCUUCUUGGUGACCUACGGCAUAGCCAUGGUGUUCUGUGGAAUUCCCAUUUUCUUCCAAGAAGUGGCUGUGGGGCAAUACCUAGGAGCUGGUGGCAUGACCUUGGUGGGACAACUUUGUCCUUUACUGCAGGGAGUUGGGUACGCCACAAUGACAAUAGUAUUCUUCCUAGACAUCUAUUACUGCAUUAUAAUCUCUUGGACUUUGUUCUACCUGAUCGCUUCGUUCACAUCUCUACCUGGACUUCCUUGGGAGCAUUGCGAUAAUUGGUGGAAUACGGAGACUUGCUUUGCGCCUGGUAUGAACGCAACGUUGAUCCACAACCGUACCAACCACACAACUACGCCCGUGGAAGAGUAUUGGGACAAGCGGGUGCUACAAAUCUCCCCCGGGAUAGACCAGCUGGGAGGAAUGCAGUGGGAGUUACUAGGGAGUCUGCUGCUAGGCUGGGUCUUGAUCUACCUCAUCAUCUGCCGAGGCCUGCAUCAGAGUGGAAAGAUCAUCUGGUUCACGGCCCUCUUCCCAUACGUAGUUCUCCUAGUGCUCCUAGUGAGAGGGGUGACUUUGCCUGGUGCCGGGGAUGGACUACUUUACUACAUAACACCUCGCUGGGAGGAACUACUCGGUCCUGGGCCUUGGAUUGACGGAGCCACUCAGAUAUUCUUCGCCUACAGCAUCGGCACUGGCGCUCUCCCCGCCCUCGGCUCUUACAACAAGUUCCAUCAUAAUUGCUACAAGGAUGCCAUUAUAACCUGCAUUGUUAACACGUUGACCUGUUUAUUGGCCGGAUGUGUCACUUUCUCCAUUCUGGGCAACAUUGCUCUGGAACAAGGCACUCACGUAUCUGAGGUGGUAAAAAGUGGUCCUGGUCUGGUGUUCCUCACAUACCCAGAAGUGGUGCUUAAGUUGCCUGGAGCGCCAGCAUGGGCUGCCAUAUUCUUCUCAAUGCUGGUGAUCUUGGGUAUAGACAGCGAGUUCUGUAUCGUAGAGUCUUUCAUCACGGGCAUGGUUGACAACUGGCCAGAAACUCUCCGGCCACAUCGGGCCAAGUUCACUAUGGCCGUAUGUGUGCUGCUGUGUCUGCUGGGCAUACCUAUGGUCACUCAGGGCGGAGCAUACAUAUUCCAGCUGAUGGAUUACUACUCCGCUUCCGGGAUGUGUCUCCUGUGGGUUUGUUUCUUCCAGACCAUCGCAAUUUCCUGGAUAUUUGGAGCUGGCAAGUUCAUAGACUGUGUUCACCAAAUGAUGGGUGUGAGGCCCAACAGGUUCUGGUACUUCUGCUGGGUCUUCUUCGCUCCAGCCACGAUGGUGUCUAUCUUCAUAUUCUACAUAGUGAUGUACGUACCUGCCAAGUACGGUCCAUACGUUUACCCGGACUGGGCAGAAUUGAUUGGCAUUGGCCUCAGUCUGUCAUCCAUGCUGUGGAUUCCAGGAUACGCCAUCUACUAUCUUAUCACAACUCCGGGAACUUUCAAGGAGAACUUAGUUCUCGGUCUCACUCCCAACUUCAAGUCUCGAGCCAGGGUUUCAGCGAGCGCCAAGUCCUCAGCGCUUCAGAUGUCUGAAUCAAGCGCUGGUUUGCUCUCCAAGAACAGCUCCUUCUUGAACCCAUAGCAGGCAAAGACAGGAGCGAGCGGGUCACAGCCGAAGAACAGGAAAAAAGCUCCGGCAGCGCCCCUCGCCUCCUCAGAGAGCAGUGCUCGUCUUUUAUCCAAGAACAGCUCUUUCGUCAACCAGUAAGAACCAUCAGGAACGCAGCUCAAGGUUUAUGAUUACAAACAUUCCGUUAAGUCUAUAUAGUUUUGAGUCAAACUCAAAAUGGCUGAUUAUCGCUGAAAAAAUUAGUAUUGAUUACGCUUUUAUUCCGUUAGUGAUAUAGUUUUACCGUUUCCACCUAGUGGAGCCUGAAUUGUGAAUUCAGCUUGGUUUAGAGUUUUCAUAGUUUGUAUUACAAAUAUUUUUAAAGGUUAUAGUGAUGGGUGACUCUCAAAGAGACUACUGAUAGUUAUAGGUUUUAUAGAUCUGUGCCUACCACUCGAGGUAUUUUAGGACAUGUUAGGUAAAGUGUUAUAUUUUAUAGAUGAAUAUUUCCUUCAGAAGGAUAUGUAUCGUGUUGUCAGUGCCAAACGGUAAAGAGUUGAAGAGAUAUGUUGAUUGUUAACAAAUUCCAAUUUUUAUUUUUAACUUUUGUCUUUGCAGUUAUUUUACAAACUGGUUCACUAACUUGUCUUGAGUUUUUCAGCUAAGAUUUUAAUAUUU